AUGUCUCUAUUACAAAUCGAUCUGGAAGGAUCAUCAGAAGAAGAUUUUUUAAAGUAUACUCAACAAUUAGCAACUCCUUCAUCAGGCUCUCAAAGAGUCAUUAAUUAUUUCCCUUCAGGGUCAAUUAAUUCUCAUUUUUAUUCAUUAGAUGAUACAGAUGAAGAAUUUGAAUUGGCAAAUACUCCAAAAAUCACUCAGGAAGAAGAAGGAUCAGCUGUUUUAACUUAUGAAAAUUUUAUAGAAUAUGAAGCAUCGACACCAAAAGCUCCAGUUUACUCAAUGAGUAAUUCAGUGAAUUGCCAAGAAGGUUCAACAACGGAUCGAUUUUAUGAAGAAAAAUCAAUAAAAGAAGAGGCAAAUAUCUUACUUCAAAUGCUAUGAUAAAAUUUAUAAAAAUAAUAAAUCUUUAUUUAUUUGAAAUAUUUAUAAAAUUGCUUUAUGGUAGGUUUGUAUUAAAAUGGCGGAUCAACCCAACUCGCCUUCUUGAAUGUGCAACUCGUUUUGUUCUUGCAUUGGGCCAGGGACCGCAAGGAAGGAGAUGGAGGUCGGGACAUAUAUCGGGUCAGGUUUUAAUUGGCUUGGUGGAGCGAAAUGUCUAGCUUAGUCGACUGCAAGCUCUACAGAUCAACGCUUUUGUCUAAGAGGGGAUGAAUAAUCAAUCGGGACUAUUUCGCAGCAUUAAAUCAGAAGUACACCCUGGGCUUCAGAUUUUUAUUUUUACCAAGAAUCGACCAGAAAAUUCAACCUUUUUGAAUUUUCCAUUGUGAACAACCCUUUUUUGACGUACGGCCGUGUGAUGGGAGUCAUCCUAUUUCCGGAGAUCGAGUGCAAGCCCUCGUUCGGAAGGAGCAACCUUUGUGAGGCUGUGCAUUAACUGGUAAGCAGUUGAAGGGAGCGUUAAGGAUAUAAAUAGUCCUUCAGGAAUUAUAUUGAUCUUCUAGUAAACGUAAAGGCUUUAAUGUAGCCAAAAUAUUAGAAAUUCAAAAUCUCAAUUUAAAAUCUGAAAACUCCCAAAUCAGUGAAAAAUUUUCAAAUAGCAAAACUAAAGAACUUGAAGAUGAAAUUCAAAAUUGAAAAACGGAAUGUGAAAGAUAUGAAAAACAAAACCAACAGCUUAGGUCUGAAAUUCAGCUUAUCACCAACGACUUUCUUGAAAUGGAAUUAUCUUUAAAGCAAACUAAACAAGACUCACAAAAAUUUUUAGAAAAACAAAAAACCUAUGAUGAAGAAAUUUUGAGAAUGUAUGACAUAGUCGAAGAUAUCAGUCAAGAAGACGGAAUACCUCGGACAAAUAGAAUAAACAAAGCAGAUGGUCACAUUUAUAAUCAUAUCGCUAGUAAACUUGAGAUUCUAAGGUCAAGAAUGCAUAGAUACCGAGCAAAAAAUGAAAAUCUUCAAAAUGAAAUUGAAAGGCUGAAUCUUGAAAUUGAUGAAAAUAAAGAUAACGAACUUAAAGAUAAAAUCAUAGACGACCUCCAUAACAAACUUAAAAUUUCUGAAGAACUCCGAAUACAGAAAUUUGACACUGAAAAAGAUUCCAUGAUUUCUGAGUUAACAGAAAGAUUGGAAAAUAAGGAUAAAAUAAUUUCACAAUUAGAAAAUCAAGUACAGCUGCUGAAGCUAGGGAAUGAUAGAAGCCAUUCAAGUAGGCAGUCAUUUACAACUGAUGGAUCUUUAACAGCAAGACAAGCUGGGACAUUUGAUUCAGAUACUGACCAAUUAACGAGAAGACCAGAUUCAAGCAAUCAAAGAGCUUAUGAGCAUUUUAAUUAUAAUGAUGUUUUGAAGGAUUUAAGGGAAAUUACAUCAAGAGCUUCGAAAGCACUUGACCAAAGAAACAGCAUUAAGUCAUGCUAAAUAUUAUAAGGCUGGCGUAAACCCACCUAACAUAAGGAUUAGCUUACUAGAUAGAGCCACCAUCUGAAAGGUAAACAGAUCGUCCCGAUAAGAAAAGACCAUGUGAUAGGUAGAAUCCUCUCUAGCCCAUCUGGCAGUGACAGGAAAAAUCUUCGGGGAGAAACAAAACUUCCCUCUUCAUCAAAGCAUUCCAAGCCUGAAGGCAUACUUCAAAAAGUGAUAAAGGCAAUAUUUUCAGCUUUAUCGGCACCUAUCCAUAGGAAGUGCAAUCUUACCUAGCGUCGCCAUUUAAUUUCUAAACAGCAUUAGGAAUUCUUAUAAUGUAGGGAAGCCCAAUCAGCAUCAUAGCUCUUCUCCAUUUAUUAUGAAAAGUAAAGAAAUUACAAUUAAAAAUCAGCCGAGAAGAACAAGAGAAGAUGCCACAAAAAAAACUAGCAAUUAUAAUAAAUAUCAAGAAUAUGAAGAACUGAAGCGCAAAUAUGGCGGAAUUGCAAAUAUGAGUCCAAUCCAUAGGAGUUAA